AUGUUUUGGGGCCCGCGUCGAAUCGAAGCGGCGCGCCCCAGCGUCUCCACUCGCCAGCAAGCACCCUCUGCCCCCGCUUUCUGCCGCGCCGUCCCGUCGGCGGGCCUGACAGCGGCAGAACGCGCCGCUGCGCUGGACCCCGGUGUUGUCGCGAGCCAAUGCGACAGGCUCGCGAAGUCCCGCUCACCCGCGCACAUUGAGAUCGUGCUGAUUCCGUACUUUACUGCAGGGAUUCGGCGUGGAACUCUUCAUCCCGUGCUUUGCGACGGCGGUGAUAGAGGCUGGCCUUUCUGCUCGGGCACCUCCGCUGUCAGGUUGACCCUCACCAUCUAUCAUCCGCAGGACCUCUGUAUUCCAUUUGUCGCCGUUGGCCUUCAUCUGCAGGGCCACGGCGAAGUAUACAUCGACAAGCGUAUCCCAUACAUCUACGAUUCUAUACAAUACAUCGACAAAGCCAACCCUAUCGCGUCGCUCCUGGGCUACGCGCACGAGUCCGACUUCGCGGAGAUGGAGAUACUCCCAGCGCGCUGGCCCGGCGGCUUCGAUCCCUUGCCUGCCCGCCCUACGCGCGCCAGUGCUUCCCCGCUCUAUACUCCUGGUGUCUGGCGCCUGACCGCUGCUCAGCGACUCUGCCGCUCUGAAGGCGCACGGGCCUUGUGCUGUGCUGCUCGGGUCUAG